AUGUUUACUACUCAAGUUUUAAGAUUAUCUGCUGCUCGUGCCGCUUCUUUCCAGGCAACUAGAAGAGCUGGUCAAUCUUUUGCCACUAAAGAAAUUAAGAGAAAUGCUGUCAAUGUCUUGGGUGUAUGUGGCUUUUUGGCUGCUGUGCUAGGCUGGCCAUUUGCUAUCAGAUCCGUUUAUCAUAAACAUUAA